GGCCAGCGGGAUGGGGUGGUGGGAAAAUGGCAGCAAGCAAGCUUCAGAAGAGACGCUCAGCUCAGGAGGCGACUCUUAACGAGCCUCACCUGCUCCAGGUACAUUUCGAUCUGUUUCUGCGUCCUCGCCGUACACACUCAGACCCUGUGUUAUCAGAUUUGGGGCUGUUUCUGCGUCCUCGCCAUAUACACUCAGACCUCAUGUUAUCAGAUUUGGGGCUGGACGUCAGGGGUGUCAGGUUGGCGUCCCCCCUCCCCACCCCACUCCCCGGCACUGGAUGUCAUCUGUAUGUCCUGAAUGACUGGCUCCCUGCCUUAGCAUGUUCCAUGUUCCUGCACUUCUUGGCCAUCAUGGAAUGUUCUGGAUGUGGAGACCAUGCUCAUCCAAACCGUUUUUUGUGUGGGGCCCAGGGAUCCUGUGGGAAAGGUGUCAGCCUCCUCGCUGGAGUUCAGACGUUCACGCACCUGUGUGUUGGACUAAGGACGUGUUCUGGAAAGGGACUUGAGGGGAUCCCCAGCAAGGUGUCCCAAGAAGGAGGCUGGCAGUGCAGGACGAGGGUUGGAGCCCGGGAAGCAAACCAGCACCCUGGAUUUCAGCCAGCGGACGAAAGCCCAGCCCUCAGCUUUCUCAGACCAGCCCUGGAGUGGGUGGCCCGGGGAGACCUGGGAAGUGGCCCUGCUGGUCCUGCAGACUGUGUGGCUUUGCAGCUGUCUAGAUGGAGGGGUCACAGUUCUCUCAUGCUGGACGAGGACACUGAUGCAUGGAAACUCACCCCAAACCUUGAAUUGUGAUGGCAUUUGAGGCAGCCCGACCGGCGUCACAUGAACCUGAAAAGAAUCAAGAUAUAAUUUAUUUUUAAAAUAAAUCAGACACUUUCAGAAUUUGACCCUAAGAGGUUAA